UGAGAGAAGAGGCUCGCGAGCAGCGCCGUACACUGUUAUACUGGAUUGUACUUCAUCGGGAGUUUGCGGUUUGGCAGGUUUAUAUACAUCAAAACAGAACAAAGAGAUAGGCUCUACAGUGCUAUAAAAGAAGACAGAGAAAAGAAUAAAGCCAGGGAGAAAUCUCGGCGACUGAAUUACAAAAGAACUGAGGACACUCUGCUCAUGUUUUUCACAUCCAAAGGGGACAUAAACUGGGACUUUGGACAUUGUGGAGAAUUUGCAAGGCUUUUUGUCUUUUGCGAGCACCAAAACUUUGUAUGGGACAACGCUUUUUUUGCUGUAUAUUUGAAUUUUAAUGCUCGCAAUUUCAUCCCAGUGCAAAACUUUCCAAUCGGACUGCACAUGGUUUCAAAGGGCUUUUGAAAAACCUGGAUUUUUUUUAUUUUUAUUCGCCGAUAUCCAUGCACAAGAACUAGAAUGUUGUAAAUACGUGCGGAUUUUAUUCAGUUUUUUGCCAGCGUUUUUCCAAGCUUUUUUUGCGUUUUUACGCACGUCGAUGGUAUUGCCAAAAAGCUACUCAUACUUUUAAAGUUUGAAUAAUUCAUGAGUUACAAUUUGCCUGCUCGAAAGAAGUGACUGUAAAAAAAAAGGGAGGGGGGUUAUCCACAAACAUAUUCAUAAGGGUUGACGGAAUGGCCACCGCGGCUUCCAAUCCUUAUCUGCCCAGCAAUAGCAUCUUAUCGUCCGGCUCCAUCGUGCACUCUGACUCCGGAGGUGGUGGCAUGCAGCCGGGCAGUGCUGCGGUUACCUCGGGGUCUGGGGUCUACAGGGGAGACCCCUCAGUCAAGAUGGUACAGAGUGACUUUAUGCAAGGCGCAAUGGCAGCGAGCAACGGGGGACACAUGCUGAGCCAUGCCCACCAGUGGGUGACAUCCCUUCCGCACGCCGCAGCGGCCGCAGCUGCAGCCGCGGUUGCUGCAGCUGAAGCCGGAUCGCCCUGGUCGUCGAGUCCCGUCGGGAUGACGGGCAGCCCGCAGCAGCAGGACGUGAAAAACUCCGGCAGAGACGAUCUGCACACGGGCACCGCGCUGCACCACAGGCCCCCUCACUUAGCUCCCCAUCAGACUCACGCCGGGGCUUGGGGGAGCACGACUGCGGCGCACAUUAACUCCAUAUCCGGGGGACAGCAGCAGCAGCAGUCGCUGAUCUACUCCCAGCCGGGGGGGUUCACUGUGAACGGGAUGCUGAGUCCGGGGAGCCAGAGCCUGGUGCACCCGGGCUUGGUGAGGGGGGACACCCCGGAUCUGGACCACGGCAGCCACCACCACCACCAUCACCACCAACAUCCGCAUCACCAGCACCACGGCGGCGUAAACAGCCACGACCCGCACUCGGACGACGACACGCCGACCUCGGACGACCUGGAACAGUUCGCCAAGCAGUUCAAACAGCGGAGGAUCAAACUGGGCUUUACGCAGGCGGACGUCGGCUUGGCUUUGGGCACCCUGUACGGGAACGUUUUCUCUCAGACAACCAUCUGCAGAUUCGAGGCUCUGCAGCUCAGCUUCAAAAACAUGUGCAAGCUCAAGCCUUUGUUAAACAAGUGGCUUGAGGAGGCCGACUCGUCCACCGGCAGCCCCACCAGCAUCGACAAGAUCGCGGCGCAGGGGAGGAAGAGAAAGAAGCGCACAUCCAUCGAAGUGAGCGUCAAGGGGGCUUUGGAGAGCCACUUCCUAAAAUGCCCCAAACCCUCGGCCCAGGAGAUCAGCACCCUGGCGGACAACUUGCAGCUGGAGAAAGAGGUGGUUAGAGUGUGGUUUUGCAAUAGGAGACAGAAGGAAAAACGGAUGACGCCCCCAGGAGUGGCACAGACGCCGGAGGAUGUGUACUCUCAGGUCGGCAAUGGGCAUUUUUUAGUAGAUUACUUAAAAGAUGCAAGUGAAGCGAGCGACCAGAGGGUGACAACUACAAGUUCAUUCCACCAGGUAAUUUUGGCGCAUUAAGACACACCAAGAGGAAACCCAAGUAUUGUUUUUUAUUCUUUUUAUCUCUUCCCCCCUCCAAAAAUUACCCCCACCCUCAUUAUCCUGUGUUUGAUUGAAGAAACAAAGGAGCAGGCAUUUUGUAUAUUUAGAAAUGGGACUGAACCGCCUUCCUCUCUGAGCCUAACAAUAACAAGAGGGGGAAAAACUGCAACAAUAUGAACAAGAGUGACAUCCACGAAGCUUCCAUCAUGAUUUAUUUUCUUUCUGAGAUGGACUGCAUGGUUUCACACACACGCGGAGGAUAAGGGAUUUUUUAUUGUCAUCUUAAAGGCCCACAAGGAGCAGGACUUGUCCCCGCCUGAUCUCAAAGAUCACCAUUUUUUUGGGUUUUUUUUUAAUUUAAUGGACACCGUGAGUGGAUUUUUCCUCUUUUUUCCCUCCCAACAAAUAGAGCAUAAGACAUUUGAAAAAGACUUCAACUGCACUUAUUUGAGAAAAAAAAAUCUGUUGCCAAGUGUGACUGAGUGGGUGCUGUGGAUAUACUAUUAUUGCUGCCCUUUCUAAGCAGUAUUCUUUGGUAGGUUUUAAUAAACAAAACUCUGUAAAGCCGGCAAUAUAGAUCACUAGAUCAGAUACUGAUCUGAGUUAUUUACUUUAUAUUUUUCAUCAGAAUGACUUGUUUUAAUAUUUUAUUCGGAAUACAUAUGAAUUAUUCCAAACGGUAAUUUAUUUCCCCCCCUCUUCCAGGAACUUGUGUAAGAUGCUUUCCCCCCUUUUUAUUUUUCUUGUUUCAUCUUCCUUUCUUAUAUUUUUUUGUUUUGUUGUUGCCCUUAUUUGUUAUUUUUUUGUAUUAUCGUUUCUAAAGGAGCACAAAUCAUCAUAAGCUGACAUUGACCGUUGUUAGGUAAUAAGGGUAUAUUUUGAUGUGAUAAUUUGAUUGUAAUUUAAUUUCAGUAGUGGUUCCGUACGAGCUGAUUGAGACACAAUAAAUUUGUUAGAAUGAAAUGCAAUCAUGUUGUGGUUUCAGAUUUAUAUUCUUACCGUAUAUUUGGCUUUUAUUUUAAAAGGGGUGUGCUAUUCUUUGCAUGCAGAGUGAAGAAAAUGGUGGAAGCUGCGUGCUUAUAAUAACCCCCUCUAAGAAAAAUGCACAACAAAGACUCUUGGCAGGGGGAAAA